AUGGCAGCCAGCCCUGAGUUCGAGCAUCCUUCUCAGGGAUCUGAUAAGCAGCCCGAAGGGACACAUUCAAAACUGGAGAUGUCCAAGGAGGUAGAUCCCGAACUAGGUAUGGAUACAGGAACGGAUCGUUCUUCUGUGCGCGGUACCAGUGAGCCAGUGAACUCAUUCUGGCAAGGGUUUGUUGUCAGGCUUGGAGUUGAGAGUCGGGGCCUAGAACCUGUUCCGGGGGAGCUGAGGACUGACGAGCGCUAUGCCAACAUUCUGACGCUUUUCUCGACCACUUCUAUUGGGCUUCUUCCAAUUGGUAUUGGGGCUGCCUCGACUCCUGGGUACGGAUUAUCACUCAAACAAGCAGCACCCAUGAUCAUUUUUCUUCAGCUGGCUUUCCUCAUCCCGUCAUGUUAUAUUCUCACGCUCGCACCAUUACUUGGCAUGAGGCAGUGGUGUCAGUUUCGUUAUGUCUAUGGCAAAUACUUCAACCAGAUAGUCUCAUUGGUCAGCCUUCUCGGCAUUGCAAUCUUUGGAAUCACGGCCGCUGUUACUGGUGGGCAGACCCUCGCGUCCGUCAAUCCAGGCACACUCUCAGUUGACGGUGGUAUCGCUAUUAUUUUUGUGGCUGGCUGCUGCAUUGGAUUCAUGGGAUACAAAGUCCUGCACGGAUUUGCCCGCUACGCCUGGAUCCCUGCAUCUUUUGGCAUCCUCAUUCUUAUCGGCUGUGCCGGCGAUCAGCUGCACCAACAAGCUCCACCGCGCGCGACAGGGGCCAAACCAUGGCUGAGCAUGAUCUCUAUGGCUGCAGGCAUCUCCUUUGCCUGGGGAGGCGUUAUUGGCGACUACGCAUGUUACAUGCCACCAAAGGCACCUCGCUUCCGGCUUGCUCUGUACUUCCUGUCCGGUUUUGGCGUUAUGUUCUCGCUCAUGAUGAUUCUGGGUGCGGCUCUAGGAGGUGCAGCGCUCCAGAUUCCCGCUUGGGCUGCUGCCCUUGGCGAAGGAGGCACUGGCGCUGUUGUUGGCCAAGUUGUGGUCUCCCGAUUAGGAGGGUUUGGGAAAUUUGUCUUGACUAUCCUCGCCUUGACGGUUGUCAUAACAACAGCCAGGGAUAUUUACAGCAUCUCCUUGGCUAUUCAGGCUGUCGUUCCAUGGCUUGAAAGAGUUCCCAGGGCUGUCUUGGCACUUGUCACAACUGGAGUCUUGAUCGGGGUAGCGAUCCCUGCUUCAAAAUCGUUCAUCUCAUCCCUCUCUGCGCUCGUCUCUAUUCUCUCCUAUUCGUCUGGAAUUACGGUAACCACCUUUCUCAUUGAGUGGUUCUGGUUUCGGAGAGCGAACCCUGACACCGUGGACCCGGCCAUCUGGGACGACGGUAAAGCUCUCCCUUCAGGGAUUCCAGCUAUCGUUACCUUCGCUAUUGCCUGGGGGCCAAUUAUCUGUGGAAUGGACACUGUGUGGCUUACGGGCCCCCUUGCCGAGGUUGCGGGAGAUUUAGGCUGGGAGCUAGCUAUCCUUACCACUGUCAUCAUCUAUACCCCUCUUAGAGCUGUGGAGAUUAGAUAUCGUGGUCGAUUCUGA